GAGAGCCGGCCACUGAAGGGUGCUAAGCAGGGGCGGCCCUUGAGGGAGAUGCUGGGGGCUGCUGUGUGCAGACCACGUUAGCGGUGGCCAGCCUGGAAGUGGGAAGCCCGGGGCAGGGGCAGCCCCCCAGCCUAGAGGCUCCUUAACCGGAAGCCGCAGCGGGGAGGCGUGAGACAGUGCUGCGUGCUGAGGUGGCGGUCAGGACAAGGCCUGCAGUUCCCUCGUGGAAAUGCCGGUCCCCUUAGCAACAGGCCCCCAGGGCAGUAUGGGGGCCAGAAGCCUCACCAAGACACCCAGCGGGCCCCGUCCCGGAUCUUCCACGUGGGCCCCACGGCCAGUCUGAGAAGCGAAAUGGCAAACAGGAUGAGGAAAAAGAGCAGGGGUGCUGGUUUGGGGCUUGAACCGAAACUGAGCAGGUCUUUGCUGAGCAGCGGAGGGCGAGCGCAGAAUCAGACCCUGCCCGGACCUUUCAGGGCCUGAACUGCAGGAGGGCAGGUGGACAUUGGGCCUCAGAAAUAAACUGUGGUCUACAUAGCUAAGAACUCAUUUAAUUCACACCAUGACUCUGCAGGGAGGUACUGGUAGCAUCCCCAUUCUGCAGGUAUGCAAACCGAGGCCCGGAAGGGUUAAGGCCCAAGAUCACACGGAAGAAGGCAGAACGAUCCUCCACUGGUGCCAACCAAUCAGCAGAACCCUCGCCUUCCUCCGGGCCACCACCUCCACGCGGGGCAAGGUCGCGGCAUCUGCGUCGGAAAUCACGGGGAAUUCUUCCUGCUGGCUCAGCUGGCAGAAAAACUGUUUAUCUGAAUUCUGAAAUAACAGUGGAGACGGCUGCUCUCUUAAGCUCUCCGACCCGGGUCACACAUAGGGUUCCAGAUGAAGCCCGAGUCGGGGCAGGCCCUCUUGCACGUGGCCCUGGUCAGCUGCCUCUGCGCGGCCACCGUCCACGCUGGUGUUUUCGCAGGUGUCUCUGUCCCAGUGGGCUAUGAGCACUACGCCGAAGCGCCGGUCGCCAGCCUCCCUGCCUUCCUGGCCAUGCCCUUCAACUCGCUCGUUAACGUGGCCUACAUGCUCCUGGGGAUGUACUGGCUGCAGAGCAAGGCCAGCGCCCCGGGAGGCCCCACAGAAGCACGGAAGGCUUGCUACGUGAAGGACGUCUUUGCGGGCAUGGCCCUGGUCUACGGCCCGGUUCAGUGGUUGCGCAUCACGAUGCAGACGUGCCCCACCGCCGUGUUGGACCAGUGGCUCACCUUGCCCAUCUUUGCAUGGCCGGUGGCCUGGUGCCUCUGGCUGGACAGGGGCUGGAAGCCCUGGCUGUUCCUGGCUGUCGAGGGCCUCUCCCUGUGCAGUUACAGCCUGGCCCUGCUGCACCCCCGUGGGUUUGAGGUGGCCCUGGGCGUCCACAUCGCAGCAGCUGUGGGGCAGGCCCUGCGCACUCAGGGCCGCCACGGCAGCGCUUCCUCGGGGAAGUACUUGGCUCUGGGCGUGCUCUGCUGCCUGGGUUUUGUGCUCCUCAAGCUCUGUGACCACGAGCUCUCGCAGUGGCGUCUCUUCCAGCGGCUCACGGGCCACUUCUGGUCCAAAGUCUGCGACGUGCUCCAGUUCCACUUCGCCUUCUUGUUCAUGACCAACUUAAACACCUGCCGAAGAUGCCCUCCUGCGGAGAAGAUGCGUUAAAGUGUGGAAGGAAGGUGCUAACCCACCCUAACAUCAAAAUGCACCCUCCGCCGGCAUCCUGUCAUCAGUGUUCAGAGUCCUGGGUGCAACAAGACAGGAUGAUGACAGAAGACUGCCCCUUCCUUCAAACGUAUGGGCUUCAAUACUCUGAGUAUGAAUAUUCAACAUUAUGAAAUGUUAUGCUGUCUGCAACUUACUUUCAACGGGUUAAAGCAAAUAUCUAAGGGCCGGGAUGUGGGGUUCCAUUUUACUAUUCUUGUAAUUUUUCUGUAGUUUGAAAUUUUUCAAAAUAAAAUGUUGGGGGGAAAUGACCCCAAGAAAUCCAUCAGA